GAAGAAGCUUUCAGCUUUGUGCGGCCGCAGAUCGACGCCGCGCGCGCGCAGUUCAAUCCAUAUCACUCGGCUAGCGCUACGUACGCCUCGCUUCACUUCACCAGCAGAUCCAGCCGACAACCCCCGCAAGCAAACAAUGGCCGCUCCCUCCCCCGCCGUCGCCGCCGUCAGCAGCAGCGCGCCCUCGUCCGGGCUCCUGCCGCCGCGGCGCGCGGCACCGUGCAGCGCCGUCCCGCUGCCGUCGAUGAGGAGCACGGCGCCGGGGGUCAGGAUGGCGACGGUGGCCCGCGCGGUGGGCGACGUGGCCGCGGAGGGCAACACGUUCCUCAUCGCCGGCGCCGUGGCCGUCGCGCUCGUCGGCACCGCCUUCCCCAUCUUCUUCUCCCGCAAGGACACGUGCCCCGAGUGCGACGGCGCCGGGUUCGUGCGCAAGUCCGGCUCGACGCUGCGGGCGAACGCGGCGAGGAAGGACCAGGCGCAGAUCGUCUGCGCCAACUGCAACGGACUCGGCAAGCUCGGCCAGAUCGACAAGUAGAGCCUCCUGCUGCGCAUAUAUGUACAUCGAUCCGCCGUCCCGUCGAUCGAUCGUUUCUUCGUCUUCCUCCUCCUCCUGCUCCCCUGUUCUUGCAGUUUCGUGGGACGCGGGAAUCCUACAGGAACCGAUGCCCAUCCAUAUAGAGAAGAUCGAGGUCCUGUAGAAUUCCCGGGUCCCAAACUGCGCACCAUCCUCCACUGUGGCUUUUGUUCUUUCUUUUAGCGCGUUGCGCCUGAUGUGUGAGGUCUCGUGUUAAUAACUGCGUGCCUGUGUAUACAACUAUAGAUAUAUGCUUUGUGUGGACUGUGGAGGUACAUGUACGAGCGUGUAUGACACAAUGUACUGAAUUCUAACGGGAUUGCUAAAUCUCAGUCACUCAGACUCAUUCCAUGUUA